AUGAAAGGAAUUAUUAGAACCGGUGACGGGGGGCCGGAGGUCUUGAAAUUAGCGGAAGUUCCUGCCCCCACCCCUGGACCCACACAACUGUUGAUUGACGUAAAAGCAACCGCACUCAAUCGAGCGGAUACCAUGCAGCGACAAGGUAGCUAUCCACCCCCGCCCGGCGAAUCAGAGCUGCUCGGCUUGGAGCUCGCCGGGGUCGUUGCAUCGUGGGGGGAUGAAGUGGAAGGCUUUGAGCGAGGUAAUCGCGUGUUCGGUCUGGUCGGUGGUGGUGCUUACGCGGAGCAGGCGGUUAUCGACUAUCGCAUGGCAAUGCCAAUUCCUGACGAUUGGAGUUUUGAGAAGGCGGCUGCGGUCACGGAGGUCUUCUUUACCGCCAACGAAACACUUUUUACCAUCGGCGGCUUGCACGCUGGGGAAUCAGUUCUCAUUCAUGCCGGUGGCAGUGGUGUGGGGACAGCGGGAACGCAGAUGGCGCAUCAGGCGGGCGCUCGCGUCUUUAUCACAGCCGGUUCAGCGGAGAAAAUCGAGAGAAGCAAGCAGCUCGGUUGCACGGAGGGCAUCAACUAUAAGGAACAGGACUUUGCGGCGGAAAUUAUGCGACUGACAGACGGGGAAGGCGUGGAGUUGGUUCAGGACUUCAUUGGCGCGCCGUACUUGGAACGCAAUCUCUCGAUUCUCAAGACGCGAGGUCGCUUGGUUAUGGUCGGGUUGAUGGGCGGUGCCGCCGCAGAACUUAAUCUAGGUCAAAUCAUGCGGAAACGGUUACAGGUCUUCGGAUCGGUGAUGCGUCCGCAGUCGAUUGAAGAGAAGAUUGGGAUUACGCAGCGUUUUGUCGACCGAUGGCUGCCCCCUGCUCAAAGAAGGAAAAAUUCAACCGAUUAUUGA